AUGACGACGAAGAAGGUGCUGGUGCUGUUGGUGAUGUUAGCCGCAACCGAAGGCGAAAAGAUCUGCAAACCGGAAACGUGUCGAAGCGUUUAUUGUCCAGCGGGCAGCAAUUACACGACAAUCCUUCUAACAGGAUGCACGAGCGCCGAAGAGAUCAUCUUCGACGGGAACGAGCUGGACGUGAACAGCUGGGACGACUUCCGAAUGUCGCGCAUCGGAAAGCUGUCGCUUCGUUUCAACGUUCUUCGCGACCUCCCAGCGUCCGCUUUCGCGAACAUCCUCAUCGACGACCUCAUCCUCUCGCACAACGAGCUGCGCGUGAUCAAGGUCGAUCACUUCGUCGGCGUUUCCUCGCUGAACGCUCUCUACCUGGACAACAACCUCAUCGAGGUCGUGGAAUCGAUUCCGUCGACGCGCAUCCUCGACCUCUCGAACAACCGCAUCAAAACCAUCGGCGAAGACGCCUUCCUUCGGUCCGGCCCCAACUUCUGCCAAUAUCUCUACCUGAAGAACAACCGACUCGAUAACCUGCGCUUCCUGAAGAACCUCAGCGAUCUCUCCGUCCUCGACAUGAGCAACAACAACAUCACCACCCUGAACAAUCGCACCUUUCCGCCGAUGGAGAAUCUGCAGGUCGUGGACUUCUCGCACAACUUCAUCAUACACGUCGACCUCGACGUCGCCGAAUUCAGGAGCCUUCGCACCUUCCAGAUCCUCAUGUCCAAACAGGACGAGCUCAAGAUCCAUUGGAACGAGAUCUUCGUUCCGCUCAAUCUGUACCAGCUCUACAUCGUCUCCAUCCUGACGUUCACCAUUCCCAUCAUCAUCGUCCUCUCCGUCAUCAUACUCGUCCUCAGCUGCAAAAAGAGAAAAAAACUGUUCAAAGACACAGAAAUGAAGAUAUUAAAAG